AUGAGACGAAUCUCGUCCUUCAAGGAGCAGUACAGGCGAGCUUCGGCGCGUGCUGCUACCCCUCCACCGCCCGUCUACGAGCCGCUGUCACCCACGCUGCCACCGACCGAGCUCUCAUCAGCGCACCCCGCCGGCAAAGCGAAUAUCCCAACAGCGUCGCUGCCACCGGGCGCACACACUCAUACUGCUCACAUACAAACGCCUACUCUCGGGCAGAGUACGCGCGCGUCAGGGAAGCUGGCGUCGCCCGCGGUGACGUAUGACCCAUCCUCGCGAUCCGUGCCUCCUGCUGCUCCGCAGCCAGCGACGCCAUAUUCUCUGGCGCAGGCAUCGCCCAUUGAGGCCCUCGCAGAUGUCGCUGUGACGUCGCAGCAUACCAGUCGGCCAUUUGUUGAGCUGUCGCGCCAUCCUGCAUACCCAGCGGCAUCGCCCACGACCCUCCCUUAUCCGAUCGCCGAACGCGCCCCAGCACACGCCUUCCCCAGAGACCAUGCAUAUCCCUUCAACGAGCGGCCCGCAAAGAGAGCGCGCUCUGAAGUAUACGGCUCUCCGCAGUAUGACCAGUCGCAGUCAAGACCGGCCACGAGCCACAUCCCGGGCUGGUCCUACAACGUCGAGCACAUGGUGGACAAUGGCAGCCGCAUGUACCAACCCCCCGGCGAACCUAACGACCGGCUUUCAGAUGCACAGCUUUUGCUGGAUUUUUUCAAUGUCUCUACGCAGACUGCACAUUCACCACCUUCGACAGCAAAGCGGUGGAGCAUCUCACAUACAGCGCCGAUGGAGCACUCGGGACAAAUCCAGCAAAUAGGCGAGCCUCCAAGUCCAUUCACAGCGCCACAGCCGCCGUCUAUUGAUCAUUACCAUCAGCACACGCAGCCCGUCAUAGAUACGAAACACCCUUUAGGGCAGCCAGCACACACAGCACCGACGGCUCCAUCUACGCAGAUCCACCGACCGACCGACGAAGCAUCAAAUUCAGUCGCACAGCCUGCAAUGCAAGGCCCUGUUCCUACAGAAGAGCCCAAGACCAAGAAACAACAGGGUUGGCCGAAAGGGAAGGCACGAGGCGGUCGCAGUAGCGCUAGCGCGACAAGUAGCAAACGAAAGAGGACGCCCAAGCCAAAGGGUGCAUCUUCUGCAGGGCCGGUAGCACCUGCAGAACAGACUCAAUCGCCUCCAAGCCUGAAUGCUGAGCAGCCAGCCGCAGUCGCAGUUGAGAACUCUGCACCUCCAGCAGAGCUUGCCGAACCCGCGCAUCCCUCCCCCACACAAGCCCGCCGUCAUUCCUUCUCCACAUCGACUUUACCGAACUCGAUCGGACCACCGCUCUCAGCCUCUUCACGCGCCAAGUCACUUCCUCUUGGUUCACAACCGGUUGCGUCUGCUCCUGUCGAUGCACCUGCUGAGCCUGCAAAUGCGCCAAUCGAACCUGAACUCAUCUGUGCUUCGUGCAAGUCUUCCGAGUCGGCGAUCAAAGUUGGCGACGGCGAACAAUGGAUAGGGUGCGACGGCUGCAAAGAGUGGUACCACUACCCCUGCGCGGGGUUCAACAGCGAACGGGAGGUCCGGGAGGUAAACAAAUUCUACUGCGAGCCGUGUAGACCCAAGUUUGGUGAAACAACGAAGGUUCGUAAAUCCGUCAGAGCCCACACCACUGUUGACUACGCUGGUCUAAACGAAGGCGUGCUCAAGACGUCAGACGAUAACCCAGAACACCACUAUAUUGCAGCAUUCAAGAACGGUGAUAUUGAGUUCACGCCCGAGACAUUUGCGCGCGUGCCGGCACAACUCAUUACCGGUGACUUUCUUGAAAAGAUGAAUGGAUUCAAAGAACCAAUUGUGAUUCCUGGCGAUAUGAACCCCCCACGAGGACUACGAACCGAAGAUACCGAUGAACAAAAGGAAGAGCUCGCAUCAUACUUUGAAUAUGAAAUAGUUGCGGAUGACGGUCAGGACAGUCUUGACAUGGUUAUCCCCAAGGGAUUGACUGUCCGCCGCGUGGCAGAACUCUACGGUCCGAACGAACCUGUGCCGGUGAUUGAUGUCAAGGCUCAAGAGGGCGAGGGCAAGAAGUGGACUAUGGGAAAAUGGGCAGACUACUACGAGCAGCAAGGAGAGAAGCCUGUGCGGAACGUUAUAAGCCUCGAGGUUUCUCGAAGUCGACUUGGAAAACUAAUUCGACGACCCAAAGCCGUCCGGGAUAUGGAUUUGCAAGACUCCGUGUGGCGGGAAGACGACAAGGCCGCCCCACCACCGGUGCAGUUUUACUGCCUGAUGUCUGUCGCAGACUGCUUCACCGACUUUCAUAUCGACUUUGGCGGUUCUUCAGUAUACUACCACAUCGUCAAGGGAAAAAAGGUCUUCUUCUUCAUCCCACCAACCAAGCAAAAUCUCAAAAAGUACGAAGAUUGGUGUCUCUCGCCCAAUCAAGGCCACGACUGGCUCGGCAAGCAGGUCAAAGAGUGUUACCGUGUCGACUUGUACCCAGGAGACACAAUGCUGAUCCCCUCGGGCUGGAUUCAUGCGGUCUGGACACCUGAAGACAGUCUUGUUAUCGGAGGCAAUUUCCUCACUCGCAUACAUUACGGCAUGCAGAUCAAGAUUCUGGAAAUUGAGAAGAACACCAAGGUUGCUUUGCAAUUUCGUUACCCUUUCUUCCAAAAGAUCAUGUGGUUGACCGUCAUCAAAUACCUAGAAGAGGACCCCGUUCCUGGUCCUGUUCAAGAACUCCUACAAAGCGGCGAGCAGUUCAAACGAUCCACACCCAUCUACUGCGAGCCUGACAGGUUCGGACACAACUCACAUCUCGGCGCACAAAACUACAACCGACGAUACUACCCUAAGCAUGAGCUGGAAGGCCUUACUGAUCUUCUCAACUACAUCUGGAGGACCGUUCUCAUUACAGAGGGAAAGAUCGAAGUACCACAAAAGACUCGAAGUGCAGUCAACAAAUCGAUACCCAAAGGUCAUGGCGAACCACUUGCGCUAGCACGGCGAUUUGCCAUGUGGAUUGCCUGGAAACGUGGAAACGAGACAAUACCGCCAUGGGCUUUCUCCGAUGCUAUACUUCCUGAGGUGAGUGAGACUACAGAGAAGAAGCUUAGCGCUGCUCAAGUCAAGAGACUGGAGCGGGAGACGCUUCAUGAAGCCCUACGAGCAACAGCAGAAAGGUCUUCAGCUCGGAUCAAAGCCUCUGACGUGAUUCCGGAGCCUUCUCCUCCUGUCGAGAUGGAGAACUUCAACAAUUUUGAUAUGGUACCCGUCACUUCUGGCCCAUUAACAGGCUUCCUCCGUCCAUCGGCAAACAAUCCGCAUAUUACAACACCGAAAACUUCUCAGCUUGGACCCAAGCGUGUUGCAUGUGAUGCUUGCAGGAAGCGACGGAUACGAUGCAAGCACAAAGAUGAGCUUAUUGAUACGUCGAAGCCCGGAAUGCACACCAUCGAUCUUUCGGGAUCUUAUGGCAUCUCAGUCAAACGUCGACUGAGCGAUCACUCCAUCGCGGAUAGUCUUUCCAACGCUCCCAAUGGUCCUGUGAAUGGUGGCCCUAUUAUGGCAGACGUAAAUGGAGAUCCAUAUGCACUCAAGUCCGGCAGAGUGAAGGCUUGUGCUGACUGUCGGAAGAGCAAGCGCCGUUGCAUACAUGAUGAGUACGGCAACGUUGACCCGAUUAAAGCCAAUGAAAUUCCAAUCCCAAGGGGCUCCGCAUCCAAGAAACGACGGGUUAGUGACGAAGGCUCAACAUCAACGGCGAAGCGAAUGAGACACGCAUCAUCAUACGACGAAGAAUACAUGAACGGAGACAUGCAUGCACGGCACUCUAUGCCCAGCCAAUUCAACGGUGGCUCAUCUUUCCUCCAGGACAUUGCCUACUCGGCUCAACAAGCGCUAGAUCAGACGCCCGAAAACGAUGAACUCGUACCUGUUGAUCCUGCUUUACAAGCAUACACGAAUGGCGACUACAGCAAUAUUAACGCAGCGGCCUCGUACCACGGCAAUGAAGAUACUGUCAUGUCGUCUGUCGAGUAUCAACCUGCUGAAUCCAUGCCCAUGAACGGUGUCGAGUUUAUACAGCACAGCGGCGAGCCCCAUGGACCCAGUGUCGAACCACUCACGCCUGGCCCAGUACCUCAUAACGAAACUAUGCACACACAGACAAAUGGUUUCACAUCAAAAUCUGCAGCCGAGCCUCACGCAGUUCGCCAUCUCUCGUCACCGGUCUCAGCCGCCUCACCGACAGCCAAUGGCUACAAUCCGUACAUAACCUCGCCAGCCACAAACAAUUACAACAACUUCACCACGAACUCUGACUUCCCUCCUCCACCUGUCACACCCACCGUCAACGCAUACAAGGCUGCCCGUUCUCAGCAGCCUUCAGCCCGCAAAUCAAGCCACACGCCCUCACGGGGUGGUCGAAACAGCAAGACACCAAAGUCCACGCCAGGCAGCAAGAAACAUGACAAUAGUAGCAAUGGCAUCAAGCUCGAAAACGGCAUGACUAUGGGCACAGGCAUGGGCAUGAACAUGGGUAUGCUGAAUAUGAUUGAUCCCAAUCUAGACCAAGCGAGUUUCGAUCUCAUCAAGCAGCUCCAGCAAGAAGAUCUGGGCUUGAGAAGGCGAAGUCGGUGA